GAAGGGUACAUCCGUUCUAAUGGCGUCAAGAGCCAAGCACUGUUGUCACAUUUUGUCAUACAGUGUUUCAAUAUUUUGCUUUGUUUAUGUCGCUCAAGUUUCCGAAAAAGGAGUCGAUAAUUCCGCUCGGACUUGCAAAGGCACAGAUAGCUAGCUUUUACAGAUGGAAAAGAAAUAAUCAUAGAAGAAAUUUCUCUCUUCCAUCAGCAGCUGAAGUAAAUAAUUAUGGAAGUUACAACGGAGGAAGCACAAGCAGUGCUGCUGGAGGGAAUGGAGGGUGCGCAGUAUAUUACUAUUCAAAGGGCUGAUGGGGAACCAUUAAGCAAAAGUGUUCCCCUCUUAACUCUCAAUGGAGAAUUAAUCCCCGAAGGAAUGGUUGUUGAUAUGAUCAAUGCUGGUGUUGGUACAGAUUACGGUACAGCAACCCAGUAUUACGAGGCAGAUGAUUUAUUACAACAUGAAUUAACAGAGGAAGAUCGUAGAUUGGCAGCCGCUUUGGUUGCUGUUCAAUUGCAGCAACAACAGAAACAACAACAACUUCACAGUCAAUCUCAGCACGAAGAUUCAACUUUACCAGACGUUUCUCAUUUAGAGACUUUAACACCGGUUAACACGUACUCUAUUCAAACUGUACCGGAACCUAAUGCUCCGCCUGUAUACCCCACCUUGCAACCAUUCAAGCGAAUCACGCAUAACGUAAAGCAAGAGUUCAUAAACGUUAAAAGCGAAUAUGACGUGGACGUGUCGGCUGAAAGUAGCGAGGAUGCGACCCCAAGCUCCGGACCAAAACGAUCCUUACCGCAUAAAAAGAGGAUUCCCCGUAAUUUCAAACAGCAAACCAAGAGAAAUUCGACGAGGAAAGAUAGUAGUAGAUUGAAUUCAGACGGCAUUAAUGCUGAAUCGUCUACCGAUACCCAGGCUCAUGUAUUUAAGUGUGAGCUAUGUAGUUCUAAGUUUAGUAGUCAAUUAAAAUUUUUUGAACACCUCAAGGUGCAUUACGAGCCUGUAAAGCAAGAAACCAGGAUAGCACAAGCAACAAAUACAAAUAUCACUAUAUCUGUACCGGAAACUGUUCAGAGUCUUGAAAAUACAGUGAUAGAGGAGUUCAGUGAACCUGAGGAUCUCAUGGAAGGCAUCAGGGGCGUUGUGGAGGAAACGGGUGCUCACAUAGACGACGAAACAGAGUCUCCGUUAUCCACUGUAAACAAUGAAUCGCCAUUGUGGACAAUUACCGAUGUCACGGCGCAUGUACAUAGGGACCACGUGAAACCGGCGACUGUUAAUGAACAAACUCUACACAACAAAGAAAAGACUGACAUUCCACAAACAAUGAAAAAGAAGAAGAUACUGAAAGCAAGGAAAUCAAAUGAUGAACUGAUGUGUUCCCAAUGCGAUCGGACAUUCCACCACAAAAAUAGUUUAGUGUAUCACAUGCGAUCUCACAGUGGUGAACGACCGCAUCAGUGCGAAGUUUGUGGAAAAAGUUUCUUUGCUCCCAGCGCGUUGAAGGUACACAAGCGUCUUCAUAGCGGUGACAAGCCGUACAAAUGCGAAGAAUGCGGACGACAUUUUCGUCAAUGGGGUGAUUUAAAGUAUCAUUCGACGAGUAUUCAUUCGGAACAGAAACAGUACCAGUGCGAAUACUGUGGUAAAGACUUCGCGCGAAAGUAUUCUUUGAUUGUUCACAGAAGAAUACACACCGGCGAAAAGAACUAUAGAUGUGAAUUCUGUAAUAAAACAUUCAGAGCUAGUAGUUAUUUACAGAAUCAUCGACGUAUACAUACGGGGGAGAAACCUCAUCAGUGCGCGGUGUGUGGAAAGCCGUUCAGAGUGCGAAGUGAUAUGAAGAGGCAUAUGCAUACGCAUUCUAGGGGAAGAACCGAUAGACCAUUGAACAGAGUUAUAUCAGGGAAGAGUAUAGACGAUGAAAACGAUAAGGGAUCGCAGGCAAAAACGAUCCAGGAUCUCGUUAGAGAUUUGAAGUUGGAAGUCGAAGCGACAGGUGUGGUGGAAAUCGUUCCACCCGAUGAUAAUCCUGAAAGCAUUUUACCGCAUGCCGGUGGACAGACUUUAGAGUACACGGUGACAGCAUCAACGGAUGGUAAUUCGGACAGAGAUCCGUUGGAAGCGGUUGUACGUACAACUGAUAACAUGCAAUAUUUCUUCAUGUAACAUCUAAUGGAGAAAAAAUUGAAAAUUAUUGUUUUUGUACUAUAACAGUAUAUGUGAAAUUAGAACAUUAAAUAUUUGUUGUACAAAGGUGGUGCUUUGUGGAAACGCUGGCCUUCGCUGUAAUAUAGUAAAUCAUUGUUUGCACUGCUCGUAUAAUGUGCAUAGCGUACUUUCCAGUUUCUCUGCAAUACUACUUUUGAGGAAAUACCCUGAUGGAUAUAGUGUUUAAUACUGUUUUUAAGACUGUCAUUAGCAGAAAACUCGGUAAAGUACAAAACAGGAUUGUAAUCCUAAAAACUAUAUUAACACACGUGUGUAUGUAUAAGUAAAUAUAUACACACGUAAUUGCAUAUAUAUAUAUAUAAAUAUAUGUAUAUAUAUACGUAUGUACAUACGUAUAUAUUGUACUUAAAUUAGUUGUUUAUAUCGCGAAUCAUGGUUGAAAAAUAUAUUUUUUACGUAAAGACAUUUAUAGAAACAUUGUGGUCCACUUUUAUUGCAUUCAC